AUUGUUUAUCGAUGAGAAAACAGAAAUUUGAAGAGGCAAAGCAAGUUGCCCAAGGGCAAAGAGAGGUGAGCGUGAACUGCUACCGCCAUUUUGAAGUUCGUCUUCUCUUCACUGCAAGAAGCUGCCUGGACACCGGGGUGGAGGAACUGUCAGGGCCCUCACUGCGGAAGGAAGAUCCACAGAAAACGUCCUGGGGUCCUGAGCUGAAGUGUGAUGGGAGGAGUCCUCUGUUAUCUCAGUCUGAGCCUGGUCUCCCUCCCAGCCAUGGUCUCACACUAGCGCUGCUGGGAAACCAUCCCUCACAGCCAGUCCUGGCAUCGGGCAGUGACUCUCGUCCAACUGUUGUCCAACUCAACAGUUUAGCUGCUUAGAUUUUCCUGAAACUUGAAUUUCAUUUUCCUCUAGCCAUGGAAUACAGAUUAAUCCUUUACAAUUAAAAUCCAAGUUCAGAUUUUA